CGAGCAGCGUGUUCCGAAUACUCAAUGUUAGUUCGUCCAUAGGGAUUCGUCAUCUAGAAAACUGCAAACGUUACCUUGCAGCGCCGACGUACUGCUGCUACCUACUACCCGCCUAAAUAUCCUGACGUACCCUGAAUCACGCAAGCUCGAAAACAUCGCGUUCGGCUUCCAUUAUCGAGCCCCAAAAAGCCGAUCUGUGCUUGUUACCGCUCAAGCCGACUGGAGGGCUCAACUGUCGUUCUCAAUCGCCAUACAAGAAUUGACUUCAAAUGGUCGUCGAAAUUGAGAAAUUAGGACAUGACCACAACGACUGUGACCGGCACUGGGAGACGCUCUUCUGUACGACUGCCAGACCUUCAAGUACCGGCGACGUCAACAACCUCGCAACAAAUGACCAGUCCAAUAGACAAGUUCCCGCCUUUCAUUGAUGAAGUACCAGAGACUACGACCGAGCCAAGAGAAUCGCAUUCCAAUUCGAUUAGAUAUGCGGCGACAGAUCGCUGGGAGCCACGGAAGCAAGCACAAUUUCCACGGGAUAACAGGCAUCCUACAUUGAAUUCGAAAAGAAGAUCAAGGAAAAGUAUCAGCGAGGCGAUUAGCACAAUUAGAACACGCAAUGGCAGCGUUAGCGCCAAUGCACAAGAGUUGGCCGAGGCCCUUAAAGCCCCGGUAUCAUACAAGCUGAUAGUUCUCUGCCUCAUAUGGUACAUGACCUCCGCCCUGACGAAUACCUCAUCGAAGUCCAUCUUAAAUGCCCUUCCGAAACCAAUAACGCUUACGAUCGUACAAUUUGCCUUCGUAGCAUUCUGGUGCUUGGUCUUGACCUAUUUGGCAACAGUGCUACCCUGGCUGAAAGAUAGCAUACCGGCCCUCAGGAACGGGAUCCGUCCCCCGUCCCGUGAUGUUGUCCUGACAGCUUUGCCUUUGGCAGUGUUCCAGUUAGCUGGCCAUAUACUUAGCUCUAUGGCUACCUCUCAGAUUCCCGUCUCACUCGUCCACACAAUCAAGGGACUCUCACCUCUUUUCACAGUCUUGGCGUAUCGGAUCUUCUUCCGAAUUCGAUAUGCCAAAGCAACAUAUCUUUCUCUUGUCCCAUUGACUUUGGGAGUGAUGCUCGCUUGCUCUACAGGCUUUUCGACAAACUUCUUCGGCAUACUAUGUGCGUUAGUAGCUGCAUUGGUCUUCGUCUCGCAGAACAUAUUUUCGAAGAAGCUGUUCAAUGAAGCGUCUCGUGCAGAGUCAGAGGCAGAACCGUCCAGCCGGCGAAAACUGGAUAAGUUGAACUUGCUUUACUAUUGCUCUGGAUUAGCCUUCAUUCUCACACUACCUAUCUGGUUCAUAAGUGAAGGAUAUCCUUUGAUCUCCGAUAUCAUACAGGAUGGCGCCGUCUCGUUGUCGGGAAAUAGAGGCUCGCUGGAUCAUGGCGCUCUCUUCCUCGAAUUCGUAUUCAACGGGGUGUCGCACUUCGCACAGAAUAUACUGGCGUUUGUCCUCUUAUCUAUGAUAUCACCAGUUUCUUACUCCGUCGCAUCUUUGGUGAAAAGAGUUUUCGUGAUUGUCGUUGCGAUCAUUUGGUUUGGAAGCUCGACGACAUCCGUUCAAGGCUUUGGAAUCGCUCUUACCUUUAUUGGACUCUACCUCUACGAUCGCAAUAGCCAUGAUGACCUAGCGGAUCAGAGAGCAAAUGCUGACCACUUUCGCACAAGGGAAACCAUUCUUCCCCUGAAUGUCCAGACGGCAGGCAAAGCAUGGGACUCAAAUGGCUAUGGCGCCUCGGCAAACAAGGUCUCUCACUAUCACUCACCAGAUGGCCCUGCCUCACAUACCACAAGUACGCCUAAGAAAGAUGAUGAUGACCAGGGCCGUAUCCGUCCCAGAGGAGGCAGUAGCUCCCGGGUGUGGCUACCUCCAGGCACAAAGCAAGAGACCACUUGGAAGCCGAAUGAUUCCUAGUUCUCCCCUGUCUUAGUUGUCAUUCUCAGUCUUUGUUCUAUAAUAUCCGCUAUCUAGUUAUAUUUUGAGAUUCGAAUGUAGCAUAUUACC